AUGCCCGCCGCGCCCCUCCGGCUGCUGCUGCUGCUGCUGGCGGCUCCCUCGGGCUCCCCGGCGCGCCCGCCCGCCCCUCCCCUCCGCCCCGGAGCCCGCGCGCCACAGCAUGAAGAUGUGUCAAGAACUGCAAUGUCUUCCAUGCAUGGAAUCACUUUUCAGAAAUGUGCAGUGGUUCGAACUGAGCAUGCACUUCAAAGAGCUUAUGUGAAACUCCUGAUUAACAACACAAAUACACCACACGCAUUCAACGUCACGGAUCUUGUUUUAGUGGAUAACAUCACAGGUCUCCAUAUUCAAGGCAUAAAGGGAAAUCAGACUGCAGAUGGGUUUCAGACAUUCAGAAUACAAUUUUUGCAUGUUGGGGAACAUUAUUUACUGGACUACAUUGCCAUGGUGAAUGCAGAGGAAUCAGGCAAUGCUGGAGUGUUGAUUUUGCCUGCUAGACUGACUUUCCGUUCAUUGCUGAACAAUUCUCAGUUUGAUCCACUGACAGCAUCACUGAGAAUAAGAGGAGAAAAGAAGACACAGGUAUUGUUGAGCCACGGCACCCACGCUUUGGGAUUCUUUGCUGCUUUUAUAAUUUCUUUUGUGCUAACAAGUGUGACGUUGUGGACUGCCUACGGAACCCGGCAGAUUCUCAGGGAGCACCAGGAGGCAGAACAAGACCCUACCCCAGAGUAUAAAAAGGAACACUCACACUUUAAUUCGGGUGGCACCAACCACGAGGACAUCUUGAAUGACCACAUUAUUGACAUCUUGUUUUUUGAAGAAUCGGAGAACAUGCUCCAGUCUCUACAAGACCUUGAAACAGCGACCUUCACUCAUGCAGACAGAGAUUUGGAAGACUGUCGAGUGCAGAUUUCCCAAGAAGCAAUUGCUCUGUUAGUGAAGAACAUGGUUGCAACUUGUGGGCUCCCUCCUCAUGUGGAGAAAAGGAUGAAUUUGGCCUUCAGAAAGCAAUUCCGCACCAUGGAGGUGGAGAUUCAAGAAGAGUACAACAGGAAGAUGGUGGCUUUGACAGCUGAGUGUAGCCUGGAGAACAGGAAGGCAGCUGAGUCUCAGCACCGCAGAGAGAGAGCGGGGAGCAGAGAAGUUGAGGAAUUGUUGAAAAAGGCCAAUGAAAAGUCGGCUGCAGAAUGCAGAGCCCUCCUGGAGAAACUUCACCAGCUGGAGGACCGCCAUCAAAAGAGAUCUCUUCUGGCAAAGCAAGAAGAAUACUUUGCUGUGGCAUACAGAGAACUGGCUUGUUCUGAAAGAAAUGAGAUCCAUAGCAUCUUUUUCACUCAGAUGAAAAGUAUGAUUUGUAAAGGAGAACUGAAGUUAGAAGCAGCUAAAUCUCUUGUUGAGAAUUACUCUAAAAUACAGGAGGACAUUGAAGAGCGGAUGGAUCUUUUGCAAGCUCAUAAGAACUACCACCUGAGUAAAAGAUUUGCUCACAGGGAAUCCCUCAUUCAAAUGAUUCAGACACUGGAUUUCCAGAUGCCUUCUCUGUGGGAUCUUGCAGCAAACCGGAUAGCCAUGUUCAUUAGUAAAGUGGAAAGGGAUUGUUGCCUGACUGAAAAUCAUUUGGGGGGAGUCCUGAACAUAGCUCAAGAUGAACUGCACUCUGCUCAACAGAAGUUUGCUCGUAUCGUAAAGGAAGAGAAACAAAAACUUCAUCAAGAACUGAUGGCCAGAAGGCGACAAGAAAUUCUGCAGAAGGUAAUUGAGAACUGGGUGAGAAGAUGCAUCCACGGGACAAGAAAUGUGAGAAGGAUCCUCCUUGGCUUGAUGGGUGGAGCCAGGAAGCUUUAUUGGUCACAGAAAGAAGAACAACUGGCCCUCACGUGUCCUGAGGAAGCUUCCAGAAGCCCUAAAGACAUCUGCUGUUUCCUGGCUCAGUGGGAAAGGAUGCUGGUGGAUCACUUCACUAGACUGGAGGAGCUCACUGAAAGACUUGAUAAUGAGGCCAAAGAAGAACUUGUCAUGCUCAGACAGCAUCUGACAGAGAGAGCUAGUGAGGAAAUCAGGCGCAUUCACUACCAAUCUGUUGUUCAGGAACUCAGUGUGCCAAAACUGUAUUUGCACAAAGCAAUGGAGGAGCAUCAAAGGGAGCUGGCUGAGGCCACACAAGAGCUUGAGAAAGGAGACCAGGGCAGAAUAAUGACUGCUGAAAGACUCUUUCAGAGUAAGAGAGAAAAACUGAGCAAAGAAUUUCUGAACAGAAUUCGAGAACAGAAGAAAGUAAGGGACUGGGAACAUUUAGUGCUUUUGAAACUUCUGGGUUCCUCCCUCUCUUUAUCUGAAGAAGAAUUCCUGAAACUGAAGCAAGAGUUCCAUGGGUGCUUUUCCCAGAUGGACGGCAGCUUGGCUAUGCCAAAGAUCCGGGGCAGAGUGCUGCUUCAGAAGUACCAGUCUGAGUGGAGAGAAGCAGCACUGCAGAAGGUGGCUCAGAAGAUGCAAGCGUUGAGCAAGCAGGAAGAGCCUGAAGUCAGUAGAAAAACAAGAAACAAAAAUAAGAUAGAUGUUCUAAAGAAAUCUUUAGAGAAAAAGAUUUCCAUCUAUGAAGAAUCUUUGACAGAGCGAUAUGAGGACAAGAUUCUCAGUGAACUACAGCUGGAAAGAUCACGUCAGCUGCAGGCUUUGGAGAAUAAAAUGGGGGAGCAGAUUGCUUCUCUGCAGUUCCAAAAAGCUGCAGAAAUACCAGCUACGUUGGAGUUUUACACAGCCAUCGUAAAGUUAUGCACUUUGCUUCUGGAAGAGAUGAGAACAUCAGAGACCCUGAUCAACUCUGAUUGGGCUGAGGUUGUAGAACAGAGCAACUGUGGAAUUGAGGAGCUGGAAAAGAAGAUGGAGGAGGAGCUGUUGCAUCAAGAGCGACAGUUUUCUCUGAUGAACAGGAAGAGGAGACAGAGUCCAGAUCGAAGGGGCCUUGCAAACAGUGAUGAGAACUUGCAUGCAGGUGGACCAGCAUCUGCACUCCUACAGCAGGCACUGGCCAAGCGCAAGCAGUUGGUGUGCCUGCACAGACAAAGGCCUCCCAUGAGUGCCGAAGAAUAUAUUUUGGCUUUCAAAAUAAUAUCGUUGCCUUUUUUAAAUUUUAGUUUAAGAGAAGUUCAGCAGACUCUAGUGGUUCUUGAAAAUUUUCUGGAGAACGUAGAAAUGGAUACCCUUUUGGCACUUUAUGCCAAGGAGCUAAGAUUCGCAUCCUGUUUAACCCAAUUGGCUCUCGUGCCCGUGGGAACAUUGCAGAGACUCAUGCCCUUGCUUCUACCAACUCACUCGCCAAAUGUGCUCCUUUCUGUUCUGGCCUUAAUUGCCAGUAAUCACUCUGAAGCCGUCCUCAAAACAGACAGCGGUGGAGAGGAAGCCAGCAGCUGUCAGAAGAGGUGGCACCAACAGUCAUGGAAAACCUUGGAAAUCAAAUUGAAACAAGAGAUGAUAAAUGCCAACUUGGGGAAAAUGAAUUCAACUGACAGUAAUAAAAGAGCUCUGAAGCAAAAACAGAUGGCCCUUCUGGAAAAAGCUACAUUCUUCCAUCCUGAGUGUUUGUCCGAACAACUUCAGCCAGAUGUAGCCAGCAUUGCAGAAGUUAUCGAGCUCCCAGACACAAAAGAGAAGAUACUUGUUUUCCGGGAUUCUCCUUUUUCCAUGGAUACUACAGCAAAGAAAAAGAAGACCAGCUUUCUAAAUUCAAAGAAAUUGGGCUUUCUAAAGAUGGAUAAGUGAAAUGUGGCAGUAUUAACCUCUUACAUUAAAUAUGUCAUAAAGUUCAUUCCCCCAUUUGUCUUAAAAUAGGAAAACCUCAGAUAUUUCUAUCAUUUGUAUAUAAACAUCUAUAAUUUCCCAUUUUGAUCUGUAAGUGUUGCAUAAAUUGCAUUUACAACA